GCUAUUACCGCUCAACAUUGACAUUCGUGGACAUGAAACCCCUAUCUGGUGGAUUUUACUUCUCACAUCCCUCAUUCUCACCACGUGAUCACGAGGCAAAUGAUGUCAUCAUGAAGGACAAAUGUUGUACGAAAUCCAACUUCUGCGAUCUCUAUUACCAACUGCAUCCUACAGGCACAUGCUACACCGUAUCUCCAUACAGAUUUGGUUCCUUCUGGGGAGAUCCGCAUAUGAGCACACUCGACGGAAUGAACUACACAUUCAACGGACUCGGGGAAUACGUGUUGCUAAGCAUUGAGACGUCAAAUGUUACAUUUUCCCUCCAAGCUAGGACAGAGAGGGCAGUGAAGAAAGACGGUAACCUGUCUGACGCGACAAUCUUCACAGCGUUUGCAGCUCGUGAUAAUACAAAUUCGUCCAUACACGUUGAACUUAAUAAGGCUAAGGACAAUGUGACUUUGUACGGGAAUGGCAUUGAUCUUACAAAGACUCUUCGGGAAGUACAACACGACAUGUUUGUGUUUAAUACGUCAACACUCACAAUUCAUGAAGAUGACGGCGUGUUGAGGGUGUCAUUCCUUGAGAUAGGGAUAACGCUCGAAAUAGGAAAAGGAGCAGGAAUGUUGUCAUUGGAUGCGAUUAUACCAAAUACAUUCAACAACGUAACAAAAGGUCUCCUAGGAAAUUUUGAUAGAGACCCUUUCAAUGAUUUUGUAUACCCAAAUGGAAGUCAGCUUUAUUUUAAUGCAAGUGAUAUGGAAAUAUUUUAUUACGGUCAGGCAUGGUCCGUGAAUGACAGCUCGUCUGUAUUUUUCUAUGACGACGGAAAGGAACAUUCCGAUUAUCACAACGCUUCUUACAUACCGCGUUUCUUGGAUACCAAUGUGUGUUCGACUACGUAUUAA